AUGAAAACUUACCUUGAGUGUGGCAUCACCCUCCGGGGAUCUGAAGGUCAGCCAGGAGCCACACACAUUCAUCUGUUGAAGCAGGACAUUUUCUGUGAAGGAAGUGAGAGACUCCUGACCCCAGCCAUACUGUCUGCCGCCCUAGCACUGCUGAUGGUGGUGAGAGUGGCCGAAUUUCUCAUUGGCCUGGUUGGAAAUGGAGUCCUUGUGGUUUGGAGUUUUGGAGAACGGGUCAGAAAAUUCAACGGGUCCUUAUACGACCUCAUUGUCCCGGGCCUGGCCGUUUGCCGAUUUCUCCUGCGGUGGCUGAUUAUGGUGGACUUAACCCUGUUUCCGCUUUUCCAGAGCAGCCGUUGGCUUCGCUACCUCAGUGUCUUCUGGAUCCUGGUAAGCCAGGCCAGCUUGUGGUUUGCCCCUUUCCUCAGUGUCUUCUACUGUAGGAAGAUCACAGCCCUUGAACACCCUGUCUGUCUAUGGCUGAAGCAGAGGGCCUAUCGCCUGAGUCUCUGGUGCCUUCUGGGGUACCUCAUGAUAAAUUUGUUACUUGUGGCCCACAGUGGCUUAAUCCAAAAUCUUUCCCAAGGCAACAACAGCAUUAUGUGCACCCUUUCAAACUGGUACUACAUGUAUAUAUUAAAGCUCACUGCAGGAAGCGGGUUGCCUUUCAUGGUGUUUCUUGUUCCUUCUGGGAUGUGAUUGAUUGUCUCUUUGUGUAGACACCACAAGAAGAUGAAGGUGCAUACAGGUAGGAGGGAUGCUUGGGCCCAGCCUCACAUCACUGCCCUGAAGCCCUUGACCUGCUUCCUUAUCCUUCGCGUGGUUUAUAUCCUGGCCAGCCCCUUUCCCAUCACCUCCAAGUAUUCUGCUAAUCUCCCCGUUGUCUUCAUUUCCAAGACCCUCAUGGCUGCCUAUCCUUCUCUUCAUUCUGUCAUAUUGAUCAUGGGGAAUCCCAGGAUGAAGCAGACUUGUUAGAGAAUCCUGUGGAAGAUAGUGUAUGCUUGGAGAUCCUGAGGCCCUUGAUCUGGAGAGAAACGAGUGCUCAGAAUACUCUUUUGAGACAGUUUUUGGUAGCUCUUUAUAAGGGAGCUGACAUUCAUGUCUGUAAAAUUUUUUCUUCUCUGACACCAAAUCAACAGAUGAUCUACAGGAAGUACAGAAUAAAAACUAAUACCGUUUCACUGUUA